AUGUUUAAGUUUAUUAGUAACGGCUUUUCCAGCCCACGCGGAAAGCCUAGGGCUUCGCGGGCCAACGGUCGUAGUUUCGACGGUUCUGGCGGUUCUGGCCUCAUAUCUUUCUCUUAUAAGGAGCUGUCAGCGGCUACUAAUAAGUUCCACUCGAGCCGCGUGUUGGGGGAAGGAAGCUUUGGGAAAGUUUACCGGGGGAAAUUGUCUGGAAUAGGAGCUGAAGAUUGUCAGGAGGAUAGUAACGGGGAUGGCAGUAAAGCGAAUGCUACUAACGCGGAUGAUGAUAAGGGGGAUGGUGGCAAAACGAAAGGCAGUAAAGCGGAUAAGAUGGAGGUGGCGAUUAAAGUGCUUCACGAAGAAAGCAUUCAAGGAAUGACGGAGUGGAUGGCUGAGAUCCUGCUGCUGGGACGGCUGAAACACCCCAACUUGGUGAAUCUGAUCGGAUAUUGCUCCCAGAAAAAUCAGGCUAUGCUGGUGUAUGCGCUGAUGCCACAUGGGGGGCUGGAUACAUGGUUACUGCAAGACUCGCCCUGCCCCGUGCUGACGUGGCAGCAGAGAAUACGGAUCGCUGUGGGGGCAGCACAGGGCCUGGCUUAUCUGCACGGGUCGAACAUCAUCCACCGGGACCUCAAGUCGUGCAAUAUCUUGUUAGACCAGCACAUGCGCGCCAGGGUGACGGACUUCGGAAUGGCAAGGGCGGGACCAGAGGAGGGGAAGACGCAUGUUUCCACUCAAAUAAAGGGGACUUUGGGGUAUCUAGACCCCGAAUACAUGGACACUGGUCACCUGGCUGCCACCAGUGACGUUUAUUCCUUCGGAAUUAUCCUGCUUGAGCUGCUAACUGGCCGCCCUCCAGUCGAACCCGAGUCUUCCACUUACCUAAUCUACCAAAUCCAUCCCUACUUCGACAAUCCUGCGCCGAGCCUAGACAAGUUCAUGGAUCCGAGGCUGGAAGGGAGGUUCGGGAGGAAGUCGGCGAUGGGGUUGGUGGUUUUGGCGAAGCACUGUUUGAAUGAUAAAAGGAACAAGAGGCCUGAGGCGAGUGUGCUCGUAGAGAGGUUGAAAGACUUGGAGAAGGUUGCAAGAAGUGAGUGUACAGAGGGUGUUGGUGAUAGUGGAAAGGCAGGUGAUCAAUAA